GGGGAAACUUAGCUAUUAGUGUAGCAGGGUCAUGAAGAAGAGGCGGCGGCGGGAGAUCGGAGGCGGCGGCGGGGGCGUGAAACUGCGGUAGCUGCCCGCUGGGCUGUUGUUGUGGCUUUGUGGGAAGGGCUUAGUUCCUAAAGCCCUCUCCGGGCAGCGGCCGGGGCUCGGGGUUGAGAGCGGCCGUGGGGUCGCCUCCCCGGGCCCCCUGGCUCCGCCAUGUUCCGCAGGGCACGCCUUAGCGUGAAGCCCAAUGUCAGGCCUGGAGCAGGCGCCAGGGGCUCCACCGCCCCCAAUCCACAGCGUGAACGAGAGGCUCCCAGGCCGCCGGAACCUGCAGCGGCCUCUGUCCCGAAGCCAGCGGAAUCCACAGAUGUGCCCCCAGUGGAUUGUGGGGAAGCGGACCCCCGAGAAAAGACUCCCAAGAGCAGUGAUGAAAAGACUGAUGGUGGAAAGGAUGUUGAAGAAUCCAGUAAAUCUUCCUCUACCGUUUCACAGAGAAGAAAGCGAGUAUCAAGUACUUUUAGUCUGGUUAAACCUAGUGUCAGUGUUCCUUCAGAACCUCAUCCUUUAUCUACAGUUAAUCAAGAAGCUCCACAGCCAAACCCUGUUCCAACAAAAGAGAAACAGCCAUGCUCAGACAGAUACCGAAUAUAUAAAGCCCAGAAGCUGAGAGAAAUGUUAAAAGAAGAAUUGAGGAAAGAGAAGAAGCAAUGGAAAAACAAAUAUGCUGUAAAUGAAAGUCAGAGGCCACCAGAUCGUUCCAAAAUGACUAUGAGAGACUUCAUAUAUUACCUGCCAGAUAACAAUCCAAUGACUUCUUCACUGGAGCAAGAAAAGAAAACUGAAAAAUCAUUGACACCAGUCCAGACAAGAGAGCAAGAAGGUAAGAGUACUCCUGAUGGUGAAGAUAAUGAAGAAAUAGAAGAGGAGAUAGAUGAUGGGCCAUUGCUGGUUCCUCGAGUAAAAGUGGCAGAAGAUGGUUCUAUUAUUUUGGAUGAAGAAAGUUUAACUGUAGAAGUUUUAAGGACGAAAGGCCCCUGUGUUGUUGAGGAAAACGACCCCAUAUUUGAGCGUGGUUCUACAACUACAUACUCUAGCUUUAGGAAAAACUAUUACUCUAAACCAUGGUCAAAUAAAGAAACAGAUAUGUUUUUUUUAGCCAUCAGCAUGGUAGGAACUGACUUUUCUAUGAUUGGACAGCUUUUUCCUCACAGAGCAAGGAUAGAAAUUAAGAAUAAAUUUAAACGUGAAGAGAAAACAAAUGGAUGGAGAAUAGACAAAGCAUUCCAGGAAAAGCGCCCUUUUGACUUCGAUUUUUUUGCUCAUUUGCUUCAGAAAGUUCUUGCUGAAGAAGAGAAAAGAAAACAAAAAUCUGUUAAAAAUCAGACUUUAAAGGAGAAAUCCUCUAAAUCACGGAAAAAUGUAAAAGUGAAAAAAGUUGCCAGUGAAAGAGUGAAUGAUAAUCCAGAUGAGUCUGUGAGCACUAGAAUUUCAGACACAGAAGGAUCUCAAAAGGAUGCUCAGACAGUUGAAGAAGAACAGCAGUCUCUGACUUUAUCAGGACAGGAUUCAGAACAGAAUGCAUUAGAACAAGAUAUAAAUCAAAAGAAAAGGAGAAGAAAGAAUCAGGAUGAAGGUAGUGAACAAGAGGUAAAUCUUUCAGGAAAUGCCACUGUUCAGCCAGGCUCUUCUAAAGGAGAAAAACACAAAAAUAAAUGCCUGUCUUUAAGUCCUGAGAUGAAUGAAGAUGAAAGCAAUAAGGAACAAAAGCUUCCCUGUGUACAGAACACAGAUGACAUUGUGGGUCUAUCCUCUAAUGAAAAGGCUGAGAAAAGAACUGACCCUGCUCUUUCACCAAGUAGUCAACAAGAUGCCAUAUCAGUAGCAGCUGAGACUUCAGAAUCAAGCACUUCAGAUUUGCCUGCAUCAGAAGGUGGAAUUAGAGCAGUGUGUGAGGUGAAUAAUGCUGAGCGUAGUUGUACAGAAGAAGGAAAUGUUGACCUAAAAGAUAAAGCACUGGAAACUGAUCAAACAGAAAGUAUUAAACCGAUGACAAGAGGACGACUCCAGAGACCUAAACCCAAUUUAUCAAGGGCAGUUGGGAAGAAAUCAGUUCUUUCACAAGGGAAAACAGAUGCAGAGAGCAAGAGUUUACAUACAGAAACUUCAGUUGAAAAGAAUCAUAUGGAAAAGGCUAAAAUGAAUACACUUGGUAUUUCUGGAAUGGAGAAUAAAGAGAAAGAGAACCCAGAAGCUGACACUGCAUCUAAUUUGAGUGAAAAAAUUUGUCUGCAGGAAGAUGAUCAAUUAAAGGCUUUCAGACCUGCACGCCUAAUGAGGGGCUUAUUGCAAAGGCCAAAGCCAAAUGUAGGUAAAGCUGCUGAAAGAAAAGAAACUGUUACAUCACAGGAAAAAAUUGGGGCCAGUGUAGAAAAGAAUGAAAAUGAGUCCUGUAUCGAUAGAGAUACUCCUGAACAAAUAGAAGAUCAGGCAUGUAAAAAUUUUGAUUGUGAAGACAUCACAUCACAAUCUGAAAAAAAAGAUACUUCUUUCCAAAAUGUGCAGUCAGAUGAGCCCAAGGCUCUUAAUGAAUGUCUAAGUAUUCAAGAAGAUAAUAAAGCAAAUAAACAAGUUCAGAUUCUAAAGACUCGAUUUCAGAAACCAAAGCCAAAUAUAGGAAGAAGAACUGGAAGAAGAGAAAUUUUCUCAAAGGAAGAAGAGGUACCAAAGGAGGUUCUUGCCUCUGAGGAGAUGACAGCAGCUUUGAGAGAAACUGCAAGAUUGGAAACCUCACCAAGGGAAAAGGUACCUGUGGAGACUAAUACUGCUAAGGAAAUGGAGUCAGAUUUAAAAGAAACUGAAAAAAAAGAUAUCUCUCCCAGGGAGAAAAUACCAGAAAUGAUUGAUGUCACUGUGGAAAUGGAGACAGAUUUGAGAGAGACUGGAAGAGAGAUUUUCCCAAGGGAGAAGAUAACAAAGGUGACUGAUGCCACUGAGGAAAGAGAGACAGAUUUGGAAGAGACUGAAAGAAGAGAAAUACCCCUACAGGAAAAUGCCCCAGAGGAGGUCGAUACUAUUGGUGAAGUGAAGACAGGUUUGAAAGAAACUGGAAGAGAGAUUUCCCUGAGGGAGAAGAUAUCGGAGAUGAUUGAUGCCGCUGAGGAAGUAGAGACAGAUUUAGAAGAAACUGAAAGAAGAGAAAUACCUACACAAGAAAAGCCCUCAGAGCUCAAAACUAUAGAUGAUGAAAUGGAGACAGAUUUGAACAAAAUUGGAAUAGACAUUUCCCCAAGGGAAAAGGUACUAGUGGGCAUCAGUGCCACAGGGGAAAGGGAGAUUGAUUUCGAAGAAACUGGAAAAAGAGACUUUUCCCUGAUGGAAAAGGUAUCAGGAAAGAUGACUGCCAUUGAGGAAACAGAGGCAGAUUUGAAAGAAACUGGAAGAGAAAUUUCCUUGAGGAAAAGCCGAUCAGAAGAGAUCAGUGCUUCUGAGGAAAAGGUGGCAGAUUUGGAAAAAACUGGAAAAAUAGACAUUUCUCUAAGGGAAAACGAACCAGAGGAGACUGGGACCUCAAUACAAACUGAGACAGAUUCAUUGCAGAGGGGUAGUGGUGACUGCAGUGCUGUGCCUUCACUAAAUAUUAAAGACAUUAGCAGUGAAGUACCAUCCAUGGUGCAUGUAUCUGUAGAAGAAAAAAGAAAUUCUGAAAAGGAAAUAUCAAGUCAGUUGAGUCAUUUGAACAUUUCUUCACAGACUUCGGAACUUGAUAAAAUAGAAGACCAGAGGAUGCGAUCUCCAGAAGUUCCAGAGCAGUUUUCAGAUAUUAAUUUAAGCAAAUCUCUUCCUCAAGAACAGAAGCCAUUUGAAGUGAAACCAGCACCUUUUGUGAGAAGUAGAUUCAAAAGACCAAAACCAAACUUAGCAAGAGCAGCUUCAAAAAGAGAGACUAUAGAAGCAGAAAAACAUGCACCUGGGAAGAAAGUGGAAGCUGAUAAAAAAGGGACUGUUGUGAUACAGCAGAAUGGGGAACAAACGAGAACUCUCCCUUCUCAACGUGAUGUGGCUUCCCUAAUGACAUCAACAGAAAAAGACAAAUCAGAUCACAGUCAAGAGGAGGCUGUGAUAUUACCAUAUGUACAGACUGAAAAGGACCUUUCCCCUUCGAGUUCUUGUGAACCUAUAGAGGAGACUCAGUCUACACAAGCCCAGGAAAAGGAAUUAGUUGUCUCUAUGGGGACUUAUCAUAUAAACACUUGCGAACAAGAAAUGAAGGAAAGUGUUAUCCAAACUGCUCCACCAGUAAGGGGCCGACUUCAGAGACCCAGUCCAAACUUAAGAAAGGUUGGACAGAGGCAAGUAAUAGAAAAAAGUGAAGCCAAAGAAACAAUUAAGGAAGAAAGGACGCUACAAAAAGAUGAAACUAAAAAAUUCCUGACUGUGCCAAAUUCUCAAAUUGCAAUGGAAAUUGAAGUUGUAUCCUCCAAAGUUUCAGAAGGCAGAAUGUAUGAAAACCAGAGUCACGUUCUUUUAGAAAACCUUCAUGUUAACAAAAUAAAUGUUUCAGAUGAAAAGACGAGACAUGAACAUAAAACAUAUGUUCCUAGUCCACCACAAAUGAUAAGAAUGCAAUUCCAAAAGGCUAAGCCAAAUUUGGGAAGAACACAAGGUAAGAAAGAGGACUCAGGCAUAGAAAAAGACAGAGCAGAUCAGAGUAAGGCAAGGAAGCCAGAAGAUAAUUUGCUGCAGCAUGGAGAUUCUGACACCCAGCUUCUUCAAAAAGGAAAAGCUGAGUUUCUGACAUCUCUGGAGAUUUCAGCAAGAAAAGGUUCUGUAGGUUCCAAGGAGAUUGGUUUGGCAAAAAAAGAUGCUCAAUCAGAAGUUGGACCAUCAGGAAGUGUUGGAGAGAAAACCAUAGGCGAUAAUUCUAUGUGUUCAGUUGUCGAAGAGCAGUAUGUCAGUAAACCAGCAAGCUCUCCACAACUGUUAAAAGAAUCAAAUUAUUCUAAAAUUGCUGUGGAUCGAAGAACAGCUCUCUCUUCUGCCUCUGAAUGUAAGAUAGAUCGUAGUGAAAGGAGAAUGCGUCGAAAGAUUAAACCAAACGUCCCCAAAGGGCGUGGAUCAAAACGAAUUCGGAGUAAGACCUCUAAGAAGGAACCUAGAGCUUCUAAGCCUGUGCUGGUGACUCUUCGAGCUUCCCAGGAAGAAGACGAAGAUGAUGCGGAAGACUUUGAGUCUGACUAUGAAGAAGAAAGCUAUCAUCUUGCUCCAGAAGAAGUUAACAAAGCUCCAGUGUUUGUACCUGUUGGUCUCAGAUCUCCUGAACCGGUUUCUGCUCAGAUUGAGGAAACCAUGGAAGAGCUUGAAAUACCCAUGAAUAUCCCAGAUGUAGGAUGCAUAGCUGUUGUUGAACAUCAGCUCUCAUCAAACAUAGAUUUGACUACUCAGGAAAUGAAACAAGAAGAAAAUUUGAAUGCAUUAUCAGUUGAAAUGACCACAGGUGAACAUUCCCAAGCUGAAACAGGUACCAACGAUGGAAGCACUGAAGCUGCCAUAACUUUACUUACAAUGGGAGGUCUGGUGUUGCAGUCAGAGAUCAGUACAGAACAGAGUGAUGGAGUGUGUGUACUUCCUGAUGUUCAUUCAAACGAUAAAAGCCAUGUUCCUUUUUGCCCAGAUAAUACAAAUCUCAAAAUUGUUCAUGAACGUCAGGAACCUUCUUCACCUAUCCGUAGUACAUCUCCAACAGUAGAAGAAAACAAGAUUAUAUUGGAUGAACAGAGUACUAAAGAAGAAAUUGGUUUAAUGGAAGAAGUAAAGGAAAACUCUAUAUCAUCCAGGACAACUUCAGAAGUGACCAAUAAUUUGAGAAUGAGAAGUAGAUUUGCCAAGCCUAAGCCAAAUCUUAAGAAAAUUUUAGGGACCAGCAGGUUUGGUGCUCAUCAGGAAGUUCCCAGUUUGUUUGUAACUAAAGGAGAAGUGGAAAUUCAAAGAGAAACUGAGAAAAAUGCUUCUAAAGGGAGAGAAUUAGAAGAUAAAAACCUUGAAUCAGUUACAACAGCAGAGAGUAAGGAGCAGAGCAAAUUGGCAUCUGUACACGGUAUUGAAGAAACCAGUAUUUCACAAGAAGCAUGCCUAACUGGAAGAGAUGAAGAUGAAGAAGGGAGGUCUGCAGAGGUUCAGCUGUCUUCAGUUGCUCCUGUUGUUUCAUCUGAGUCAAGGCCCCACACACUUGAUUUGGGUAUGGGUCUUGGUGAGAGUUCUGUCGAAGAGCCCCUGGGAAAGGACUCUAACGGAGACAGUGUGCUUAUACUUCAUGUUCCAGAGUGUAGUAUUCCAGAAGUCCAACAAGAGAAUAUAAACAAUCCUCAAGACCUAACAGUUGCUAAUGUACAUCAAGAAAGUGAGGAUGAACAAGCAUUCAUUUUAACUCUGGUGGAAAUCCCAACCAAUGCAGUAGAAGAAUUUGCUGAUACCACUAUGCAGUUAAUGCCAAACCCUUUACUGCCAGCCCCCAUAUUGGUCAAAUCAGUGAAUACAGAAGAAAGGGGGGACAUAAGUAUCAGUUUUCCAGUAACUUCAGCUGGUCAGGAUGACAUGUGUUUAUCUAAUUCUGGAAGAGAUGAUUCCGAAAAGCCUCCUGCUAAUUUGGAUCUUGUAUCUAGGAAGAGAUUUCAUUGUAGGCUUGACGAAAGUGACCAUGUUCCUCCUGCCAAAAAAAGUUCACUCACUUUAAGAGAUGAUUGUCAAAAAUAUACCUCUGAGGUGUGUUCAAAGGAAUUAGUAAAUGUUUUGGAGAAAACAGGAGAGUCUUACAAGGGACAAGGUAUCUUCCCUACCUCAGGAAACACACAUACAAUUCCAGAACCUCUGAAAGAGCAACUUGAACCAGCUUUUCAGAGUAUCAGAUCUAAACCUCUUGAUAAAAUAACAGAUACACAAGAAAAGAAUACAUCUCAGUUACCUCAGGAUGAGAUAGUGGUCUCUGAUAAGGAAAAAAGAACUUGUGCUGCUUCUAAGUCUGAACAAAUGGAUAGCAUCACAUCGUCUUCAAAAACCCCACUAUCCAGACCUGGCAGAAGACCCCUGGGAUUUUUGUCUUUAAUAUGUUCAAAGAAUAGUUUGGAGUCUGAUGAACCUACUCAGGUUCAUAGCAAGAAACGCCUGAAACCUCUUAUACCUGUAUCAAGACAGAAUCUGAAAAGAUCUAAUCCGCUCAAUACAAGCCAGAAAAAAACUCAAGAGUCCUCUGAUCUUCCAUCUCCAAGUGUUGUUGUUAAUAGUCAACCUAAAAAUAUUGAUAGUUCAGCAACUCAGGUUUCUUGUAAUCAUCCCUUACCAAAAGGAGAAUGUAAAGAUGUCCAAAACCGGCUACCAGAAGAGGAGCCAAUGACAGUCUCUGAAUAUUUCUUUAGUGAUAUCUUUAUUGAAGUGGAUGAAACAGAAUAAAAGUCUUCUUUUUUUUUCUUUUUUUUUCCUAAGGCUAGGAUUUCCACAGUCAGUUAUAUCAACAAAGCAGUAUCUAGAAAAAAGCCUCAGUGGCAAUUUUUCUUUAAGUUGAUUUUGAAUAUUUAAUAGGCUUGAUUUGAAGCUUUUAUAAUCAGUGAAAAACAUUGCUGAGGUUCCUUUCGUUUUGAUUGAUUCAGCAUUUUGGAAAUACCAAGCAAUUAAGACUGCUUUCUCAGACAGAAAUAACAGCUCUUGUUUACAUUUUGACUCUUCCUGUGUUGAAUACACAUGGACAUCUUGGAAUGUUGUGGAUAAAUGUCUCUGUAUAAAUCACAGUGCCGACGUAUUUGGAGAAGGAUUGUAGUUAACAUUUAGCAAACCUUUUGUGAAGGUUUUUUUCUGUUUGUUUAGGGUUUUUUGGUUUUGUUUUUUGGUUUUUUGGAUGGUGAAGGCCUUUUCAGUUGCCUCUAAGUGUGUGAAAAUAAAUUGUGAAACUCCACUUUAGUAUGGUAAAUGUUAAAAACUUUUCUAUUAUCAGCUAUUUGACUGAAAAAUGUGUAUUUUUCUAAUUCAUGUUGAUGUAACAUUAGUCCUAAUUGAAGAACUAGUAUUUAAACUUACUAUUUAUAAAGAUAAAACAUCAAAAUCUUAUUUAUUUUUAAAUUUUUUAUUUAAAAGAAUAUUCAGUUUUAAUUAUUUUUACCCCUGAGAUUAUGGGUAAAGAAGUCAUUAACAAAUUUAUGUUUGUCUCCUUUCCCUCUUUAAUUUUAAAGGUAUUUAAAGUGAUAAAACUAAAUUGUUUGGAUAGUAUAUACGUUUGGAAUACAUUUUUUUCUCAUAGUUUAGUAUAUUGACUUUGUACUGUGAAUUUUUUGUUUUUCUUAUUUCUUGGAUAAUCUCAGGAUUUGUAUGGGAAAAGAACGCUUAACUUUAUUUAUGAGGCAAAUUUCCAUACAAAACUGUGUCUCCAUUACACACACAUAUGCUCACAUACACACAUUCCUUUUUUAAAAAACAAUUUCUUGGUAGUUUUUUUUUCCCCAUUAAAUUCUCCAUAAGGAACUAUGUACUUAGACCUUUAUGCACAGAACAUAAUUGUGAUGUUAAAAAACAGAAAAUAAGAUAAUAAGACUUUAUUAAGUCAGUGAUUAUCAUCAAUAUGAAUUUAAGGGUUGGUUUUAAUUUUGAGAUUUUGUGAUUUACAUAGGUAAUUCUGUUACCUACCCAAGCAAAUCUUUGGUGGUUCAAAUUAAACUUCUGAAAGAACAGAUUUAUUCUUUUAUUUGAAAAGCCUUCUGGGUUGAUAAUACAUUAGAUCAGGAGUCAGAAACAUUUUCUGGAAAAUAUUUUCAAGUUUGUGGGCCAGAUGCCCUCUGUGGUAACUACUCAACUCUGCCAUUUCAGUAUGAAAACAGCUACAGGCAAUACUUAAAUGAUGGACAUGGACGGGUUGGGUUUUUAGUUUAACCCAUACAUUAGAGAGUAGUUUUCUUACCUUAAGGUGCUGAUGUCAUUACCUAUGAGAUAUUUGUCACUGGAGUUAUGAGUUGUGCCUAACACUUAAACCCUUGAUUGCAUUAUGAAAUCAGUAUUUCAGUUGGGAAGAUAUUUUAAUGUCUAAUUAUGUUUGUAAUUUGAAAAAAAUGGUGGCCAGUUUUCAAGUUCAUUAGUAAAAUUGGAUUUGGCUUGGCAAGUAUAACAGUAAUCCUAAUUUAUGAAAACAAUUGAUAUUAGAGCAUUUCUUAUUCAUUGCCUUAUAGUGAAAUUUGCAGUUUAAACUUUUUUGUCAUAAAGGAGGAUCUAUAAGGAAAUUCUCUAUAGAUAUGCAUUUAUUUAUUUCAUGGGAUUAAUAUGUCACAGAAAUCAUGGUAGCAAAUCACAUAGCUAUUUUAAUGCCCUGUUUUUAUAAAUUUUAAAAAUCUCAUAUUCUGAAAAGCCUUCUUUCAUUUAGUUCAUGUUAGUUUGGGUGUUAGAUUGUCGUAGCUAAACUAUUAUUUUAUCCCUUGUUUAAUAUUACUUUUUAACUUCGUUAACAUCUGUCUCUUGUUCAUCUACAAUGAGUUAAUUUUAUGGAAGAUGUAACUUCUUACUGUGUGAAGGAUAAUUUUGUCUUUGGGCAUUCAUUGUGUUAGAGAAUCAAGUCAGACAACUAAAUUAUCCUACUAUUAUAUCCUUAAAACUACUCUUGGUAAAAGAAACUUAAUCAGUGUAUUUACCUUACAAGGUGGAAAGAUUUGUUCACACCUGUGCUUAAUCUGACUUAUGUAAAGAUGAUGUUGUGAAGAAUUUGUAUUUUAUAAAUCUUAAAAGAGAUAUGAUUAAAGGUCUUUAUUUUUUUCUUGACUUUUCCUCCUGAAAACUUACGUCUUAGCAAGUGAUCAACAUUAUGGCUUCAAAGCCUAAUUGUUGGUAAAUGAUUGAGGCACAUAAAAAUAUGAAUAUCCACUGUUUACCACCAUGUUUUUUGAAGUAGAAGUGACCAUGUAUACAAUCUUGCUUGAAGAAGUCUUUGACAAAAAGCAAUAUCUGUCGUUGUAAAUUUUCUUGUUCUAAAGA